AUGAUGGGCGAUAACCGAAAGGCAAAAUGGUUCCUGGAAGCACAACCAGAGGAAAGGCGACCUAGAGUUAGGCCCAGGCUGUUGUAUUGUGACUACAUAGAGACUCAGGCGAGCCAGAGGCAGUACUAUGGUAUAAUUACUGUUUGCCUUGAAAGACCAAAUGGCUCUGGCCAAGAUGUUUAUAAAUGGAACAAAGUUACAACUUGUGUUCACAACCUCUUUGGUGGUCAACGAUGGGUUGAUCAAUAUGGUGAGUUGGUCAUCACUACUCCUGGUAUAACAUGCAAGUUAACCUUUGUCAAGGCAUCAUAUUGGUCAACUAAAAAACAUGAAGUCCUUGGAACUGUCGUGGAUGAAAAAGAAAAUAGAGUCGUUCACAGGCUUUUUGGGAAAUGGAGUGAAGCGUUGUAUUGCGGUGUUGCCCCUUCUGCUAAAUGCAUUUGGAGGCAAGGCACAAUGCCGCCAGAUUAUGAGUUGUAUUAUGGCUUCACCAGGUUUGCUAUGGAACUUAAUGAGCUGCAGCCAGAUACGGUCAACUAUCUUCCCAUUAGUGAUACAAGGUUCAGACCUGAUCAAAGGUUGCUUGAGGAAGGUAAGAUAGAGGAAGCAGAAAAAGUGAAGUUGCAGUUGGAACAAUCUCAACGGGAGAGAAGGAAGAGAAAUGAAGCAGAAGGAAAGGCUCAUAUUCCAAGGUGGUUCAGGCGAAUUGGUGCUGCUGAUGAUGAAUGGAUAUUCACUGAUGAAUAUUGGAAUGCUCGAAAAGUUCCUGGCUUUGUCAAUCUUCAAAUUGAACCUCUAUGGUGA